UUCCGGCGGCGGCUCCUUCCGCAGUUGCCUUGAAGAUGGCGGCUGGGGUCGGUAACGGCUGCCUCCGACGCGGGCUGGAGUGAUCUGCGGCGCUGCCGAGGGCCCAGUUUGGUCGACGUACGUUAAGCAAACACUGCGGGCGGUGUUUGAAGAUGGCUCAGAACUCGGCGUCUCUGUCGGCCGGCGAUCAAGCCAACAGGGGGGCCUACCGGUCCUCCCAGGGAGAUCUCAACCAGCCUACCAUGGCUUGGGCGAUGGUCUCCGGAGACAGCUUCCUGGUGACCAGUCUUGAACCGAAUCAGGCAGGACCUCGCCCGCCAGUGCGACCCAGCGUUCGGACCGACAGACGUCGAAUGUCCGUCGGUGGCCGCAGCCGAAGCCGCCAAGGGAGAUUCUCUCCUUACCCGAUCCCUGGCGUCAAGCUCGACCUCUUAAGAAGUGUGCUGCAGCAGCGUCUGGUUGCCAUGGGAACUGCCCUGGCAGCCCGCAUCUCGGCGUAGAACAAAUGCCUCGCCUCCUCUCCCGUAGCUUGCAAACAAGGCCUCUCUGAAAUCAUUUGUUGCUGUAACGGCAGUUUUAUUUUUACUGGUAUAUUUUCACCGAGGUUGGCGGUUAAUAUAGCCUAUCAAAGUAGAGUUUGGCCGGGCUUGGUGACACACGUUUUUAAUCUCAGGAGACGGGCUCUGAGUUCCAGGCCAGCCUGUUUUAGCUAGUUUGGGGGCGUCUUAAUGGCGAUCCUUAUGGGGCCAAGAAGGAUAUAGGAGAGAUUUUCAAAAUGACUGACUGUAGUCUCUUGUCCAGACUGGUCGAGACUUGCCAUGUAUUAAGGAUGGUCUUGAAAUCGUCCUUCUGCCUGCCUGUGCCUUGUAGGUACUGAGAUUUACAGGCGUAAGCCACACACCCAGCUUGAGUGACAAUUACUCAAUACAGAAUCCAGCGGUAUCUGAUUUCCACAACCUUCCCUGAACUCAAGCUUUCUUAACUACCUUCCUCUUUACCUUAGACUGCCCUUCAAUUUGUGUUAGGGAAAACAAAUUAUCACACUGCUUUAUCCUUAACAUCUUUCCUCACCACCUCACAGGGUCCCCUGGCUCCCCCCUCCCCCCCACGUCCUAAUGUCUACAGACUCAAUUUUUUUUUUUCCCCUCAAGGUGUCACUCUAGCCCUGGCUGUUCUGGACCAACAAACUUGUUUCUGCCUCCCAAGUGCUGGGAUUAGAGGUGUGCCCCACCAGAUCUGGACAGACACGCAAAACACAAGUACUAUUCCAAGUUAAGCCAAUGUGUAUACUCUUCCAAAGACUUCAAAUGGAUUGUUAGAUGUGUCAUGUCAUUAACUCCAAGUUUUUGUUUGUUUGUUUUUCAAGACAGGCUUUCUCUGUGUAGCUUUGAAGCCUGUCCUGGCGUUCUGGCACUAUCUCUUGUAUACCAGGCUGGCCUCAAAGAUCCACCUGCCUCUGUCUCCCAAGUGCUGGAAUUAAAGGCGUGAGCCACCACCGCCUGGUGUGUCUUGUCAUUAACUUCCAAGUUUAGUGUGAAUGCUGGUACAAAAUAUGCUAGUGGGGCCUAAGUUGUGUCCCAGCCACUCCUUAUUUUUCUGCUCACUAUGAUCACCUGAAGUCUUUAGUCUUUAUUCUUGAA